AUGUCGUAUACCACAUUAGCCCAACAGGGCCUCGCCGCCGCCGAAGCGCGAAACUGGGACGAAGCCAUCGACAAGCUUACACCAGCCCUCGAAACCUCAAAGAACCCCCUCUGGCUCAUCGCCCGAUCAAAAGCCCUCAUCAACCGUAAGAAGUUCCAAGAGGCCCUCGACGAUGCCAAUCUCGCCUGGCACUCUGCAUAUGAGCGCAAUAAGCGACCGCUCUUGAUCGAAGCCCACUACCGACGUGCCGUUGCCUACUUCCGUCUCGGACAAUACGCAAACGCUGAUGCAUGCUGCGUUUACGCUAUGCGUCUCGUGAAGGGCUUCCCUGCUGUCGAGAAGGAGGACCCGGCUAGGGCUAAAUGCGACGAGAAUGGGUUUUACAAGGUGGCUUUGAGUGAUGCGCAGGAGGAAUCGAAGACCGAUGUGGUGAACAACCCCGGUAACAAAUCUGCGCUCGAUCAGAAGGAUCCCCCCGGUCACAAGGAAUGGCGUAUUGCUAGUACCUUGAGGAUGCAGAUCCUAUAUGCUAUGGAGAAGCUCCCCGAGGACGAUCCUGCACGCAAGCUCACCACAACUAUCAAGCCGGAGGUCAAGGAGCUGGCUGGUCUAUCUGAUCUUGGGAUAAAGCAAUCCGGCCAAGAAGCUCCUGCUGCUCCUACCAAGUCCGCCGUGGUUGACAACUCACCUCCAAGGAUCCAAGAAUUCCAGAAUAACGACACCAUGUCAGUCUCUAUUUUCUCGAAGAAAGUCAACAAGGAGAAGCUUCAGGUCAAAUUCGGUUCCGACUCUGUUUCCCUCGAUUCCGUCGUUUGGCCCGAUGGCUCUGAGAAGCCUCUUAGCUUUUCCCUCUGGGGACAUAUUAACACCGAAACGUCAACUUACAGGGUUACUCCCAACAAGGUCGAGCUGACCCUCAAGAAAAGAGACCCCGGAAUGUGGAAGCAAUUGAAGGGAGAGGACAACGCUAACCCUGUUGCUGAAGAGACUGAGUAUGUACCACAGUUAUCCUCUAAUGACUGUUGCUUACCCGACGACAGGAGCAUGAUUCCCGCCCAAGAAACUGCCAAGCCCGUUCAAGCCGUCAAACCCCCCUCAGAGGCUUCAACGGUCAUCGUCGAGGAUAAAGGAAAGGGUCCUGCCGACCCAGCAGCAUACCCUUCAUCUUCCAAGACCGGAAAGAAGGACUGGGACAAUAUCGGCGCCGAUAUUGACUCUGAUGAAGAGAAAGAUGUCAACGCUUUCUUCAAGAAGCUUUACAAAGGGUCGAAUCCAGAGCAGCAACGUGCUAUGAUGAAGAGCUUCAUCGAGAGCAACGGUACCUCUCUGAGCACCGAUUGGAACGACGUCAAGGAUCGCACCGUGGAGACACAUCCCCCCGAAGGAGUUGAAGCCAGGAAGUGGUAA